UCGCGUCCGCGCCCUGCUGAGAGCAGCUCGCCCCCUGCUGCCGCCGCUCUCCGACUCUGCAGCCAUCUCCGGCCGCGAACCACCCCGCCGACAUGUACUCUCGGCAGAACAAUCAAUAUCCUGUCCCGGCUCCACCACACCCACAGCAAAAGUCUGAGGGUGCUUCGCUGCCGCCGCUCCCCACUCCCCACGACUCCUCCACCAUGAUGUCCAUGCCGCCGCAGCAGAGCCAGCCCGUCUACGCCGCUGUCGACCAUCUGAAGCCGUACAUAGGCUCCAAGAAUGGCCGCACGUAUCGUCUGCGGGUCGAACAGCAGCCCAUUCGCGCCCGCAUGUGCGGAUUCGGAGACAAGGACCGUCGGCCCAUCACGCCUCCGCCUUGCAUAAGGCUCCUCGUGUGCGAUGCCGCCACGGGAAAAGAGAUAGACCCCAAUGAAGUAGACAGCACCUUCUUCGUCCUCACCGUUGAUCUAUGGGACAACGAGGGCACGCGUGAGGUGAACCUGGUCCGCCAUUCGAGCGGAGCUCCGACCGUGUCGAUCUCGAGUAGCACUACCACAUCGUAUCCGCCGCCCGUUGAGCGUCCAGCUAUGUAUAUGGCGCCCGCCAUGACCCAGCAGUUCGACAUGUACGGUCGACCAAUGCCACCGCAACCUCAGUACAGCGCCCCUUCCGUGCCGCCAUCCUACUACCAGGGCCACGGAGGCCCGCCGAGCUACCAGUACAGCAACCCAAAUCCGUACGCUCACAAUCCCGUGCAAAUGCCAAUGGUAGCACCCCCUCCUCCGAGCUCUGCCACCGGCAUGUUUACGAGGAACCUUAUUGGAAGCCUCACCGUCAAUGCCUUCAAGCUCACCGACACGGACAACAAGGUGGGAUUCUGGUUCGUCCUGCAGGACUUGUCGGUGCGGACGGAAGGCUCUUUCAGACUGAAGAUGAACUUCGUCGAUGUCGGUAGCGGCCAGAACAACAACACGCUCAACCAAGGCCGCGCCCCCGUCCUGGCCACCUGCUUCUCAGAUCAGUUCCAGGUCUACUCGGCCAAGAAGUUCCCCGGCGUCAUCGAGAGCACGCCGCUCAGCAAGGUCUUUGCGAGCCAGGGCAUCAAGAUCCCGAUUCGUAAAGAUGGUCCUAAGACCUUGAGCAAUCAAGCCGAGUAUGAUGCUGACGAUUAGAACAGCAAAACGGGAACGGGGCGACUCUAAAGAGGU